AUGCCGUCCAUGUCCAAGUUCUCGCAGAAGACCCUGCUUGGGCUGUCUUUAAUGGCAGCCUUGGUGCAGGCCUCACCCGCAGUUAGUCUAAAUUUCGACUAUGGCGCCAACAAGGUCCGGGGUGUCAACCUCGGUGGUUGGCUGGUAUUAGAACCCUGGAUUACUCCAUCCAUCUUUGAUGCAGUUGGCGAUUCUGCUGUUGAUGAGUGGUCCCUUUGUGCGACUUUGGGUGCGAACCAAUGUCGCUCUGUUCUUUCCGACCACUGGAGCACUUUCAUUACUGCCGACGACUUGAACCAAAUCGCCAGGGCAGGCAUGAACCACGUUAGAAUCCCAGUAGGAUACUGGGCCGUGAAGCACUUGGAUGGUGACCCAUACGUCAAUGGUCAGCUUAAGUAUCUCGAUCAGGCCAUCGGCUGGGCUCGCUCCGCCGGUCUCAAGGUCAUGCUUGACUUGCACGGAGCCCCUGGCUCUCAGAAUGGCUUCGACAACAGUGGAAAGCGCGGCGCUAUUAAAUGGCAACAGGGUGAUACCGUUGAAAGCACCAAGGAUGCCCUGGAAGCUCUUGCCGCACGCUACAAAGGCGAUGGAGACGUUGUGACUGCCAUCGAGGCUUUGAACGAGCCUAGCAUCCCCGGUGGAGUCAGCCAGGAUGGUCUGAGACAGUACUAUUACGAUUCAUGGGGCCGCAUCCGAAAGUCAAGCCAGAACACCACGCUCGUCAUUCAUGACGGCUUCGUCCCUACUGAAUCAUGGAACGGCUUCAUGAGCCAGUCUACCGGUGUCUGGUAUGUGAUGAUGGACACCCACCACUACGAAGUGUUUGACAGCGGUCUUCUCGCCAUGGACACCCAAACCCACGUCAAGAACGUGUGCAACUUUGCCAAAGACCACGUUCAGACCUCUGAUAAGUGGACUGUUGUUGGUGAGUGGACCGGUGCCAUGACCGACUGUGCCAAGUACCUGAACGGAAAGGGUAUUGGCGCCCGCUACGAUGGUACUUUCUCCGGUAGCAGUCAUAUCGGCAGCUGUGCGGGCAAGUCUACUGGAUCCGUGGCUGCUAUGCCUGAGAAUGACCGAACCAACCUUCGUCGCUUCAUCGAAGGUCAGCUCGAUGCCUAUGAGAAGGGUACCGGCUGGCUCUACUGGACCUGGAAAACUGAGGGUGCUCCUGAGUGGGAUAUGCAGCAGCAAAUGGCUGCCGGUGUCUUCCCUAACCCCGUCACUAGCCGUAAAUACCCUGGCCAGUGCUGA